GUGCUCCAUGGAUGCUCCCUCCCUUCCUGCCCUUCUCCUGCAGACCCUCUGUGACUCCAUCAUGUGCCUUUGGCAGGAAGAGACCGCUGGUGUGGGCACCGGCCUCUUGGCGGACCUUCUGUUCCUCAAUGCUGAGACCGGUGCUGCCAUGCUGGAUUUGCUUGUGGAGGAGGGUGUCUCCGAUCCAACGCAAGUGCCCGCCAUGGUGAGGUACAUCCACCAGUGGCUCACGGCCAAUGAGUCUGCUGGGCACAGGCUGGACGAGGCCCUUCUGGAGCUGACCGAGGAAUACCCCUCAGACGUGAUGAUCACCCUAUUGCGCUGGGCCCCAUCGUGUGACAGAGCUGCCGCGACCAUGUGGGGAACCAUCAUGUCCUCGAGCAGGACUGCGGAGCCGGCGCUGCAGUUACUCCUCGACGCGCUCAGCGCCUGGCCAGUGUACAGCGUGUACACCUCUGAUGGGGACAACACAGGAGUCUUUGCCCUGGCUGCAACCGUGGCACUGUGGAGAGUCUUCAAUCUGACCUGGCGCUCCCCUGUCGUGCUGGAGUAUUUCCCCAAUCUCUUUCUGCGUCUGCUCUUCCAAGCUUACAUCAGCACGCAGGAGAUGCCAGAAGAGGGGCAAUGGUGCCUUUCUCUCCCCGCCAGGGAGAUGCGCCGCGUCUCCAUCAUCUGGUGUUGCGGCAUGGCAUCCUGCCUCUUUGACCUGCUCAGCGAAGGCAUUUCAGACUGGGAACUGCCCGCCCUGGCGUUCCUGGUGGAGGUCCUGGACUGCCUGGACUUGAGCGAAUGUGGCGAAAAAGUCCUGGAGAUCUUCACAAGUCAGCUGCAGAGCGAGUCCACGGAGAUGCGUCGCGUGGUGCUCCGCGGCCUCGUGGUGCUCACCUCGAUGGAUCCAAGCAUGUUCAACCUCACUGAAAGCCUUGGGAAACUACUGUGGGAUGCGGAUGAAGACAUCGUGGAGAUGACCCUCAUUGUGCUCAGCUUACUGCUGCUGCACAAAGACCUCACAAUAGCCAGCCCCAUCGCCCUGCAGCUGGCUGAGGCGCUCUGGCACCUCUUUGACAAUGAAAACAGCCAUGUGCAGCUGCUCUCCAUUCGCCUCUUCCAAGACGUGAUCACGCUGGUAGUGGCAAAGGACAAAAAGGCCCUGAAGAAGCAUGUGAGCGAGAGCCUGCUCCCGCUCUUCUUCCACUGCCACGAUGAGAACGGGCGUGUGGCACAGGCCUCUCGGGAAACGCUGCUUUCUGCAGUAAGGUUCCUGAAGAGGAAGGAUCUCAAGCAGCUGCUGAAGACGGAUCAGAUGUGGAGGUUGGCCGAGUGCUUGCUGGGAGAGGAUAGGAGCCGUGCGGCCGAGCGCCUGCGCCAGGCCCUGCCAUACCUGCGGAGCCCACAGGAGCCCCUGCGAGAGGCGGCCGUCAGGUUCAUUGGAGCCUGGGCGCAGGCAUCUGCAGCCCUGGCUGGCCUCGGCACCGCUGCCACCCUCUGGCAGCCAUGA